AUGGACCCAGCCCCAAUAUAUCAUCGUGUCCAAAAUCGUUAUGGUGAAUUGGCUGAUCGAGAUUCCACCAACGAGGAGAAGGAAGCCGAGAAAAAUAUUGCCCAAGCAUUUGGCUACGACUCCGGAGACCUGAGCUCAAUACCCCAGGCUGCAAACCUUGGGGUGAGCUGUGGGAAUCCCCUAGCCCUGGCCAACUUGCGAGAGGGCGAAACGGUGAUUGAUCUGGGGAGUGGCGGUGGCAUCGAUGUUCUGCUGGCAGCCAAGAAAGUCGGCCCUAAAGGGAAAGCCAUUGGUGUGGACAUGACGAAGAGCAUGCUUGAGCUCGCUCGCAAAAAUGCGGAGAAAGCGGGUGCCUCCAACGCAUCCUUCAUCGAAGCCUCGAUCACCUCUAUCCCCCUGCCAGAUGCUACCGCCGACUGCAUCAUCAGCAACUGCGUGGUAAACCUUGUUCCUACAGUUGACAAGCAUCUUGCGUUCAACGAGAUGUUCCGCUUACUGGGGCCUGGAGGUCGCCUUGCUAUCAGUGAUAUCCUGACCCGAAAGGAACUUCCGCAAGAAGUGGUCAACAGCCUGUCUUUCUAUGUUGGAUGCAUUGCAGGGGCUAGCCAGGUUCAUGAGUAUGAGAAGUACCUCUCCGAGGCAGGAUUCAAAGGUGCUUACCCAGAUAUCGUGAUUGUUGAUACCCACAGUGACAUCAAUAUUUACAAAGAUUUGGUUCAGGGUCAGAUGGAUCUUGGAGACACGAACGACCGGUCGGAGCCAUCUGGUUGCUGUGGGGGAGGACGAGGGAAGAAUGGCACUGAAGGAGACUUGCUGGAGUGUGACUUUAAUGAAUGGGCCGGCUCGUUCCAAAUUUAUGCGGUCAAGCAGUAA